GCUCCCAAGGGCUCUGGGAAAUCCGUGCGCUUUUCUCGCGAGGAGCUUCCCCUUGGUGAAAAUUGGGUGUUGGAGGACAGCCUGCCAGGCUGAUAACAUCUCCCAUUCAACAUUAAUGAGCUACUCAGUGCGUUUUCUCAUUUUCACUCUGGUCCGUCAAGAAUAAUUUUUCUACAGUAAGGAAAAACGGCAGUUGAAUGCGAGGACAAGCAGGAUUUUACACACAGCCCGAUGGAGAACUGGCUUACAUCCAACCCUGAGCGACAGCACGUGGUAGGAGCUGCCCUUCCCAGAACUCUGUUCUCUCUGCCCUUCCCCAGUCGGGAGCUGAGAUCUGUGGGGAUUUCCUGAGCCGAGUCGGGUGAAACGAAGCUCUAAGACUGGAGAGUUCGCACCGCCGGCAAGCCAAGCCAUGACCUCUAAGGAUGUUUCAAGCAAAGCUAAUAGUAACUGGAGAUGACUUUGGCUACUGCCCUCGGAGAAACCAAGGCAUCGUAGAGUGUUUCCUAGCUGGAGCUGUAUCUAAUGUGUCCCUUCUGGUCAAUGGAAGUGCUGCAGAAGAUGCAGCCAAACUGGCAAGGAGAUACAACAUCCCCAUAGGACUGCACGCCAACCUCUCUGAGGGCUCCCCUGUAUGUGAGAUGCUCAAGACAAACUCUUCUCUGCUCAGUGAAGCUGGAUUUUUUCAUGGGAAAAUGGGAUUCAGAACAGCUCUAUCAAAAGGCCUCCUAAAUAUGUCAGAGGUGAAGCAGGAGCUAAAGGCCCAGGUGGAUCUGUUCCAUGAGCUAACAGGCCACCUACCUCCUCACAUGGAUGGACACCAGCACAUUCACGUUCUCCCAAAGGUCAGGCAUGUAUUUGCAGAGGUGUUAGAGGAAUAUGGGAUUGAAUACACUCGUGUCCCAAUAGAGCCAGGCCUUCAUAACUGUGACUGGAUUGAGCCAUCCCUGAUGGACUUCUAUGUGGGAGUAGAAGAAGAUUCUCUGAACACUGUGGAUGUGUUUACAAAGCAUGGAAUAAGGUGGCCAGACAUUUAUGUAGGUUUGAGUACCAUGGGCAAGAACAUGUCUGUGAGUGCCAUCCAGAAUGCCAUAGACACCGCCAUUGUGGAGUUCACAUCCAAGGUGCCUGCACACCCAGUGCCACAGCACAGGACGGUAACAAUUGAACUGAUGGUGCACCCAGGGUACCCAAGCCUCCCUCCCAUCGGUGGCUGUGGAGAAGGACCAGAUGAUUUCUCUCAGUCCUGGGAGCGCCUGCAUGAACUCCAGACAUUAAUCAAGCCGGAGCUGCAGAGCCAUUACAAAACAAGGAACAUUCAGCUUUGUUCAUUCAAAGAUCUGUAAAUAUACGUAUAUACAUCCCUAUCUUUGUACUUCAAGGAUACACAGUUGCUAAUGUCCCCAUAAGUCCCCAUAAGCCAGACCACCGUUGCCAGCCUUUGUAAUACCUCCCAGCACAGCUGACAGGAGCUGCCAGUGGCCUGGAAGUCGCAUGAAGCCUUAUGUGAAAGUUGGAGCAGUUUGUGAGCAAUGACGGGCAAGUUCCUGGGGGCAUCUUUGUGUGCUGGUCUGGGGAGCUGUGUGAUCCACCACUCCUGUGCGCCUGAGGCAAUGUUUGCUCUGUACGAACACAAAAGAUCACCGAGGACACUUGGUAAAAUGUUUUCUCAGGCUCUUUCCUAGUUAUCGUAACAGAGCUGAUUUGACAUGGGACAAUUUUUUUUAUCUUGCCACACUGUGCCCGUGCUGUGCAGAACAGCCGAGUCCUCACAGGAGCAGUGUGAGCAGCGCCCUCAGUGCUGCAGUUCGGCUCACCGCCGUCUGAGGGCGGAGUUUACGCGGUGCGGAAACGAAACGCGGAAGACAGCAGCCCUCAGAGCUGCGGCAGGUGCCUGAAGUGCCAGAGCGCGGCUGGACACACGAGUGCCACCUAGUGCCCUCACACGUGCAGUGCAGCCGAUGCGCCAAUGCUGAAGCUCAGCCUUUUCUGCAGUGUGACCGUGACAUUAUGGGUAUUUUUAAACUCUAAUUUAAACACAAUAAUUGGCGACUUUGCUCUGUUCACAACCAUUAGGAUGUAACAUAGCUUGUGUGAUUUUCUCCUAGCUGAACAUGGAAAUGAACACAACAACAGUCUUACCUGAGCAGACGUUGUUAAGAAAGGUAUUUUAUAAAUACUCCGUUGUCAGAUGAACAGAACUGAAACCCAAUUUUUAAAUUAAAACGAGUUCUAAAUGUGGCUACUGAAAGACUGCUAAAUAAGGAACCCUUCCCUUGCACGGAACGCACAGAGGAGGUUUCUCAGGGGCUCUAUGAGCUCCACGUUCACCAUGGAGUUGAAAUUAAAAGCGCGCACAGACUGCUGUGAUAAACAACGCUGUACAAGGAUAGCCGAGGAACAAACAUGAAAUCUCUUUGAAAAUAAAACCAUGCCACAAUACCUUUGAGAGCAAUUUUUAUUAGGGUAGCAGAAUGGAAUUGCAGAAAGCCUAUACCAGUGUUCGUGGGUGUAGUUGCACCAGUAUGUUUUUAUUUUGGAUUUUCAACUGCAUGUUUAGAAUUCAGCAUGGCUUAGGGAACCAGAGAGCACAAGAGCUUGAUUUCCUGAGUUAACAAAGGAUUUGAUUUUUUUGCACCUCAGACUUCAACCACACAAUACAGUAUUUGAUCUUUAUCUUCCUUUUAGAGGGCCACCUGCAAACAAAAGCCAUCACUUAUGUUACACACUUCAUGAUUAAAAACUGAGCUCUGAAAAACACACAAAGAAAACUGAUGGUAAUGCUCAUCUUCUAUGUGAUCUUUACAAAUGAAAUGAGAACAGCUAGCAUACAGCACUGCUACAGACCUCUACAAAUCAGCUGAAGCUCCUUCAGUUACACAGCUCUUCCAGUUUCCUUACAGUGGCAUCCAAGCCACACUGAAAUAAAUGCAGUCUUUAACCUGAGAGGCUUACAACCAGAAAGUAUAUUGUUUAGUAGUAAUGAUGGCAGCAAACUAGUGCUACAGUUGUUUUAAAUAAUAAUAAAAAUAAUGCAAAUUUAAAGAACGUUUCAAUUGUGAACAGACAUGAUCAAAAAGUACAGUGACUCGGCUGAUGCGGAAGUUACACACUUCAAUUCAACAGAUAAUUUGGCAUUAUUUUAUUACGAAUCUGAGUGAGUGUGAAGAAAACAAAAUCAGUACCAACUUUCUGCAACCAAAGACAAAGAUGUGAAAAAUUUGGUAAUAGUGCUCUCACAAGCCAGGAAACACUUAGGGAAGGUAAGUUUCCGUAAAUAAGGUGAAUGUGGUUUAACUUCAUUUACCUGCCAAAGAAUCCGUCUAAGAACACUUAACAUGAAAUUUCUUAGCUCCCUAACUAAUAAAAAAAAAUUACUUUCAACAGAGGUGAGGUACUGGGCUGUCAUUGUUCACACUAAAUCCAAAAUAAAAGCCAGAUAAGAAGGGCAAAUGAAGGAAUAGUAAAUAUACAUUAAAAACCAGGAGCCCUACAGCUUAAUGCACUACUUCUGCAAGGUUGCAAAGGUAGAGGCUGUAUUAAAACUGAAUCUAGGAGCACAGACAACCAUCCAGAUGUGAGGGAUUUUCUAAUUCAAGUUCUUGCAAAUCAAAGUGAUGAUAUGUACUCCCAGCUACCUAUGGAUUUCUGGAAAUCUGUUUACUCAGUAACAUACUCAGGUUCUACAGGUGGGGAAGGCAGUUUGAUUGUAUGGCAGUUUGAUUGGAGCUACAAUCACACUUCAGACUUAGGACACGCAGGCAGAAGAAAAGCAAUAGAGACACAGUAAAGGGUGCCCAAUUCUGAACAGAAAGGGCAUCCUUCAGCAUGCGUGGCUGCGCCUGGAGCAAAGGGAAAACAGCUCUGCCCAAGUCAGAACAGUAAGGUGAAGUAGUCAUUAAACGAUCUAACGUGUACUUUUAAAACAUAGGAACAGUAGCAGUGAAGUGUAUUCAGUUUAUUGCUUAAUCCUACUCUUGUACUAUUUUCAGUAAUAACUGUACAGCAACUGGGAAGGAAGUGGCGUGAGUGCCAUUCCCUAGAACAUAUAUCAUAUGCAUUUGGAUGAAAAAAAUCUCACUAGCAGUGCUAACAUUUAGUAUUUGAAAUUAAUUCAUUUCUAGAAUACCAACUUUUUCACUCAAUACCAGUUUAUUGUUUUGGUGUAUCUCUUGGUCCGCAAUUUCUGAAACUUCUAAACUGGUCUCUCACUGUUGUUCUGUUCACGUUAUCCAAGCCAACUUAUGCUAACUUUUAUUAAGAAUAGAAGUGAAAGGAGUUUGGAAUCACAUUUUACUACUACUUCUUUUCCAGCAUUUUCCAAAAGCAGGACAUAAGCCAUAUUCUAAUUCAAUAACGCAGACAAGAAACUGGAUUUCCCCAUUUAAUAAACAUUUUGUGGUAACAUCAGCCAGAUUUACAUAAGACCUGGACAUUUCUGAUUGUAGUUGGGUUGUUUUUUUUAUAACGUUACAAACUGAAGUUAAGGGGAACUUGCAGCAAGUCCCACAGAGCACAGUGCAAUGUUUGAAGAGAAGAGUAAACAAAACUGCCAAACACUCAAUCAUUUUCUGCCAGAAGUGGGAUAUUUUUUCUAAGACAUCAGUUUGAGGAGGGGCAAAAAUUCAAUGAUGAAUUAAAAUGAACUCAGGAUAGUGGUAACUGCAAGGAGAAGUAAGAAAUGACAGCCACAACCUUUUCAAUUUAAGGGCAGAAUAUAAGUCUAAGAUAUUUUUGAUAAAUUCUGACA